AGUGGAGCGUGUGGUUCAAACUAGUUUUGCCGUCAACCCAUCUGGCCAGUGCACAGAAUGAGCAGUAGGUCGCCCGAGCUGGCCGUUCUCUAACGUGACUCAACUGUGCGUCGAUAUUUACGCGCGCAGUGCCAUGAGCGUGAGCGACAGCAGGCGGGAUAGAGUCUGGGGAUCGGUGGACAGGGCAAUAAACGGAGUCGUUCGUUCUCACUUGGAUUCUGACGGAGUUCAGGAACCUUUUUUGACAGAUUCCGAUGGAAAGAGGCCGACUUCAAUCGAUCAAAACGACUCCUGGAGCAGCCUAUUGAUCGUGACGGCAGCGGCUACCACAGUUGGCACUGUAAUUCCCGCUGGUUACAACAUUGGAAUCUUGAAUAGUCCACAACAAAUAAUUGUGGAUUUUUGCAAUGCCAGUAUAUUGCACAAUUAUGGCACAGUUAUUGAAGAGACUCCAUUGGAAUUACUUUGGGCUUUUGUCGUCAGUAUUUUCUUGAUUGGUGGUGGUCUGGGAGCCUUUAUCGCCGGCUCCAUAGCCAAUCGAAUUGGAAGGAAAAACACUUUACUAGUGAUUAUCUCGCUAAAUGUGAUAGCAGCUAUCUUUUAUGGCACGUGUGGCCUAGCCAAAUCGGUUGAAAUGUUACUGAUAGCACGACUUAUCGUGGGGAUCGGUGCAGGCCUAUCAACUACUUUCGUGCCUCUUUAUUUGUCCGAAUUAUCUACACCAGCCACACAAAACGUCCUUGGUCUCUUGUGCCCCGUUGGCAUCAACGUAGGUCUCUUUAUUGGCCAGGUUCUCAGCCUUGAAAAGCUACUAGGAAAUGAAGAAGAUUGGAAUUGGUUACUUGCCUUGACAUGCAUUCCGGCUUUAUUGUGUCUAGCCGUCUGGUACUACCUUCCGGAAACUCCUCGGUAUCUCUUUGUUAUUCAGCAGAAAACUGACACGGCCUUUAAAGAGCUUUCUCGUCUAAGAGGACUUCCUAUUGAUAAACUUGGACCGGAAAUUGAGGAAUUGCGUCGAGAGGCCACACGGGUAACCGCCGAAAUUUCAAGUGAUGGAAUGAACUCGCAAUCAAACUGGACGUGGAAAACUAUUUGGGCCAACAAAAAUCUCCGUUGGCCAGUCAUUUGCGUAAUGGUCAUGCAUUUCGGCAACCAAAUUAGCGGGAUUAAUGCGGUUCUUUAUUACUCGACAGACAUUUUCUUGUCUGCAGGACUGGAUAGGCAGCAAGCAGAGCUGGCUAUUCUGGGUGCGGGUUUCAUCAAUGUUGUUAUGACAGCUUCGGUCGUCUUCCUAACGGCAAGGUUUUGUCGACGCCCUUUGAUGAUGAUCAGUACAUCAGGGAUCAGCAUUUUCCUCACUAUCCUCGCCAUUUGCAUCUAUUUCAUCAGUAAGGCUACGUGGAUUCCUUAUUGCUGCAUCGCUGCUUUGUUGCUCUUCGUUGUUUUCUUCGACUUGGGUGUCGGUCCCUUACCAUUCUUUCUCCCAACAGAGCUCAUUCCGGCCGGACCGAGACCCCUUGUCAUGUCGUUGGGUUGUCUGGUGAAUUUUGCCACCAACUUUGUGAUCGGCAUGACAUUCCCCUCCUUACAAAGCCUAAUGGGCGUCUACGUUUUUGCCAUUUUCGCAGUGGGCACAUUCGCUCAAGCCGUAUUCCUAUUUUUCAAACUUCCUGAAACCUUUAGACCUCCACGAUCGUUUUCUUCCGCAGCAACCAUCCUACAUUGAAUUCCAUUCCAUUUCAUGGGGACUUGCAAAAUGUUAGCAUGAUUGACUUAUUGUUUAUUAUUGAUUGCACGGUAUUUUAAUUUUUAAUGCGUACUUUCCUAGUAUGUAUAUAUAUUACUUUUAAAAAUACAAGCCAAAAUAAAAUAA